UACGACCAUACUUUCGGCCAUGAUUCUUUCGACACAACAACUUGCGUCUCAACGGGCAACGGCACCAGUGGCAGCAUUACGGCUGUGGUCACGUGACCAAGGGGCUAUUUAUGAGAGCAAGAUGGCUGUGGUCCCAGAAUCGCCGUACAACGGUUCUGUCCCACCUUUGGGACUAAAUUCUCCUCCCCCAUCCUAUGAGCAUGAUGAUAGGGAUGCAUUAUCAGAUGAGUUAAGAAAUAUCCGCAACAUGAUUCGGCUCACCAAGGAGAACCUAGAAGCCCUAAAUGCCAAGUUUUCAGCCUAUCAACACCCUCCUUCCAUGUACAUAGUAGAAUAUGAAGACCUUACGGGCCGACUGAACGAGUUCCAGAUAAAAGAACAAACUUUACUAGAUCGUAUCUAUAACAUGAAUGGUAGUUGUUCACCAGACCCCUGUGAUACAGACACUGAGGACACCACCAGGCAUCAGCUUCCAGCCCCCGGAAAUGUUUCCAUACCCAUGAGUGAUACUCGGGAAACACCCAGGUCUCCCAUGAAGGCGGUGGUUAGGGCAUACCUUCCAAACCAGCAGAGAACUACAGUGCAAGUGCGCCCUGGUCAGACAGUCAUGGAGGCUCUCUCUAAAGCCAUGACACGAAGAAAACUCACUACCGAGAUGUGUGUCAUAUAUAGGUGCAGUAACAGAGCAAUAGUCGAUUGGAACGAAGAUGUCACAAAUAUCGAAGAUGACGAAAUUCAAGUGGAGAUUAAGGAGAAGUUCCCAGUCACCACAAGUAUCUCGCAUAACUUUGUUCGAAAAACUUUCUUCUCCUUGGCAUUCUGCGAGUGCUGCCGUAAGCUGUUGUUUCACGGCUUCAGAUGUCAGACGUGCGGCUAUCGUUUUCACCAGCGCUGCACCUCGAAUGUACCAGCUUUGUGCCAGCCAUUACGAGUUGAGAAUGAUUACUACAAGCAUCUCCUAGCCAUGCAAGAUGUGGUAUAUGAUAGCCACUCGAUGUAUGGUCCUUUCCUGGGUGGUUCAGGAAGUGCACCCCCGACAGGCACAGGAGCUGUAGGGGCAGUGAACGUCAGCACUCCCCUCAACGUGCCCAGGCAGCACCCGCCGCCCCUAGGUCAGCGUGAGCGUUCCACUUCUGCACCCAACGUCUGUUACAAUCUAGUCUCCACGGCAGACUUCUCCGCGGAGGACUUUGCUACAAAGUACAGGUCACAGAAUUCUUCUGCAGAGUCUUCCCCUCAGACCAUACGCAACUUUUGGUGCAAUGGCUUCUCCAGUUCCUCCUCCUCCUGGGGUGGGCACCACCAUCUGACCUUACCCUCAACGGCAGCUGGCAAGCGACACCCAAAUACUGUCUCUUGCCACAGAGGAGGUGGUGUAGGACUGGCUCCCCCUCAGAGCUCUUCGAGUCCCAGUGGGUCCCCGACACGAACGCAAAGUGCUCAGGGUUCCCCAACCAGUGCCCACAAGACCUGCCGACCAAGGGCACGUUCAGCGGAUGAGAGCUCUAAAAAAAUCAUCACGCAACAGAAACCAACGCGAGAAUCUAUUGAGGAUUGGGAAAUCCUGCCAGACGAAAUACUCACGGGUCCCCGGAUUGGAUCGGGAUCUUUUGGAACAGUCUACAGGGGUCACUGGCAUGGUCAUGUAGCAUUAAAGAAACUCAAUGUUACAAAUCCUACUCCAGCUCAGCUGCAGGCAUUCAAGAAUGAAGUGUCGGUACUGAGGAAAACUCGUCACGUCAGCAUCAUUCUGUUCAUGGGUUGUGUCUCAAAACCCCAACUCACCAUCGUGACCCAGUGGUGUGAAGGCUCAAGCUUGUACAAACACUUACAUGUACUGGAGUCCAAAUUUGAAAUGCUACAAAUCAUUGACAUUGCUCGCCAAACAGCACAAGGAAUGGACUAUCUUCAUGCAAAGAACAUAAUUCACAGGGAUCUCAAGUCAAACAAUAUAUUUCUACACGACGACCUAACUGUUAAAAUUGGUGACUUUGGCUUGGCCACAGUAAAAGCCAGGUGGAGUGGGUCCCAGCCUUUUAGCCAGCCCACUGGUUCCAUUCUAUGGAUGGCACCUGAGGUGAUAAGGAUGAAGGAUCCUAACCCAUACUCAUUCCAGUCUGAUGUGUAUGCUUUUGGGAUUGUCCUCUAUGAACUUAUAACAGGACAGCUCCCUUAUACAAAUAUUAACAACAAGGACCAGAUCCUGUUCAUGGUAGGACAUGGCCUCUUGAAGCCAGAUCUGAGUAACGCCCGCAAAGAUACUCCUAAAGCACUUAUUCGUUUCACGGAAGACUGUAUAAAGUUCAACAGAGAUGAGCGUCCUCUUUUCCGUCAGUUACUGGCAUCCUUGGAGUCUCUGAUGCGGUCGCUACCCAAGAUCCACAGGAGCACCUCGGAGCCCACUUUGAACCGAACCCAUCUGCAGUCGGAAGACUUCCUCUAUGUGUGUGCCUCACCAAAAACCCCCAGUCAGUUUGGGGCAUUCCCAUUCUUCUCAACCACCGGCAAUUUCUGAGCUGAUGCAAGAACCACAGUGUGAAUACCGUGACUGCUGCUCGAAGUAAAUGCUGAACAUAGUGUGAACACCAUGACUGCUACUCGAAGGAAAUGCUGAAUGUAACUCAACCGUGAAGGUGCACUUCUCAGAGGCCGCGAAGCGUGGUAUUCCAUGCGGGGGCUUGAACUCGGCAAGAGCAGACGAUACGCCAUGGGCUGGAAUUGGUUGAUUGAUUAACGCGAAUUCAAGGUGUACAUUAAGAACAGACUUGUGACGACAAAUGGUGCAUCAAGCGUUGUGCUGCGUGAUAUGGUGCAAGGUGGUGCGAACUCAUCAGAACUCGGUUGCAGAAUUCAUGCAGCCACAGUUGUAUAGUCCAGUGUGAAAUGCCUCAAUUGCCUCUCUCAAGUAAAAAAAAAAAGAAAAGAAAUCACAUUAAUGGUGAUAUUGUGGUGCCAUUGUACAAUGAUGGUAGGAGACUCUUACAAAGAGACCGAGUAUGAUUUUUUUUUUCUUAAAAAUUGAGUUUCUGUGGAAGUCAUGAAGGCUGGUUUCAUCAGGAAGUUCUGGAGCAGAAUGGACAUUACCCUGUGAGAAGCUUUGAUGAAGAAGCAUAAGGUGGCAUUCUGCAAACUUUUCCAAGUGUUCACCAUUACCUUUUGUGCCAGCUGUUGCCCAUCUGUGAUCAGUGUACAGUGCAUGUUGUAUCAUAAGAGACUCAUGAAAAAAAGUAUGAGAAAAUGACA